AUCUCCAUCCAGGAGCCGCUCGUAUGGAGGGGCUGUGCCGCCCGGACUGCGUGGACAAGAUGAGCACGUCGAGCCGCCUGGGCCUCAACAGCCUGGGCCGCAUCUGCGGGAGCGGCCCGGGCCGGGACGCGGCGGGGGCCAAGGGCAAGAACUCGGUCAGGCGCUUGUCCAUCAUCGAGGACGGCCGGGUGGCCGAGGUGCUCUACCUGAUCCCCAAGCGCUGCGUGAUGGAGCAGCUGCCGCUCCUCAAUCCCCACGACUACGUCCUGUGUGAGAAGUUGGCGGCCAUACCCGCCGAUGUGUCAGUGCUUCACGCUCGCCCGCCUGCGGCCAAGCGGGUCAUCGAAUGCGUCAAAUGCGGGGGGGUCUGCAAGGGCGAGGUGCUGCGAGUCCAGGCCAGCCACUUCCACAUCGCCUGCUUCACCUGCAAAGUUUGCGGCUGCGACUUGAGCCGCUCCGGCUUCUUCGUCAAGAGCGGAGAGUGCCUCUGUCCGCUGGACUACCAGAGGCUUCACGGCACCGUCUGCGACGGCUGCGGGGCGUUUGUGGAGGGAGACGCCGUGGCCGUCCUGGGCAAGACUUACCACCCGAGCUGCUUCGUGUGCACCGUUUGCAGGCGAGCCUUUCCUGCCGGCGACUGCGUCACCUUCAGUGGCAAAGAGCGCAUCUGUCAGCGCUGCGUGGACCCGUCGACUCCUCCGCCGGCCGGCGCGGGAUCCGUCCAAGACUGCCACGGCUGCCGUCGCCGCAUCAAGAACGGUCAGGCGUUGUUGGCUUUGGGCGGCCGCUGGCACCUGGGCUGCUUCAAGUGCGUCGUCUGCAGAAAAACGCUGAGCGGCGAGUACAUCAGCAAGGACGGCGCUCCGUACUGCGAGCGGGACUACCAGCUUCGCUUUGGGGUGCGGUGUGACACGUGCCGGACGUUCAUCGCGGGCAAAGUCCUCGAGGCCGGCGAGCGACGCUAUCACCCGGAGUGCGCCCGGUGCGGCCGAUGCGAGCGAACCUUUGCGGAGGGCCAAGGCAUGUAUUUGCAAGGAUCCAGCAUGUGGCACCCGGACUGCGGAGAGAGCAGCGGAAACCGCGACGGCCGCAGGUCGACUCCAGCUUUGUCGGAAAUCUCCCGCUCCGGACCCGCCUCGCGUUCGCCCGGAAGCCCCCCCGGACGCUCCAUUUGUGCUAAAGUAGAUGACCGGAUGAUGGAUUACCGAGACUUGGCGGCCAUUCCCAGAGUCAAGGCCAUUUAUGACAUUGAGCAUCCCGAUCUGAUGUCCUACAAGAGCGACGGCACCGGCGGAGGCGACGCGCACGACAGGAAAAGCUCGGCGGAGUCUCUGGCAAAUGUCUCGGGGACCACAGAGGAAAGCGACGACUUGAGGAAACGCAUUCCCAAAUCGGCGAGCGUCGGCUCUUUGGGCGUCGGCUCGUACGGUCGUCACGGCUACGCUCCGACUCGGUCGCCGCAACACUUCCACCGGCCGGUUCCCGACAGCGCAGACCCCGGCGCCGGCCAGACGUCCUCUUGGCCCGCGUACGCUUGCGACCGCCUUGGUCCGCCACAAUCUGCAGAGUUCCUUCGGAGCAGCGGCGACACGUUGAGAGAUUUCCAGCUCCUCCGCGACGGUCCGCAUCCGUUUGCACGAAUGGACCGAGGAGUGUCGAUGCCUAAUUUGCUGGAGCCAAAAGUCUACCCGUACGAAAUGCUGACGGUUGCCAACAGGGGACGCGUGAAGCUUCCCAGAGAGGUGGACAGAACCAGAUUGGAGCGUCACCUGUCCCCAGAUUCCUUCUUUGAUAUCUUCGGCAUGGCCAUCAAAGAAUUUGACCGCCUUCCGCUUUGGAAACGAAACGACAUGAAGAAAAAGGCUCAUCUCUUUUAAAAUGUCUUCAUUGCACUGUAUUUUCUUUUCAGACUGCUAUGAUUGCAACAUACAGAAGGGGGCGGCAGAGCAGCACGCAUUAUUAUUGUUGUUAUGAUUUGAGCGCGCGUGCUCACGUUGAAGUAUUCCGAGUAUUCUAAAUGAUCGGAGCUAAAGGUUGAAUCAUAGGAAUGUUUGCGCGUAGAAUGUCAUGUUUGCGCAAUGUGAAAGAUCUCAAUCGGUCUUCCGCUGAGCAUUUCACCAUUGUGACGUGAAUGCCUCAAUGUGUAUUUGCCUUGCAAAAAUGAUGAUUGAAACAAAAGACUGAGUAGGGAUUUACAUCGUGCUACGUUUGGGGUCUUUUCUUUUCUUGACUUGCUGCAACAAUGAUCAUACGCUUCCCAAAAUUAUUAGGUCUGCACAAUUGAAAAAAAAGAGUUGAUUAGCUGUCAUAACAAAGGGCGCCUACAUACUCUUAUUGUGUGAUGCUACACAGAACGUAAUCCUGCGUUAUGAGGAUUGUCGUCUCAAAAUCAUCGUGAAUCUGGGCCGUCAAGCUAAAAAAGAAUGAGUUACGGUAUUUUUCACACAACUCUGCUCAAGCGGCAUGAAAAUAAAAUGAGCUGAAGUGUC